AUGCUCGUCACGCGCUGCCAUUCACCCAUCUCACACAGAGGAAUAACGGUUCUUUUCAUUAUAGCAACGGUGUUCCUGCUGACCCUUCUUGCGAAGCAAGAACACAACAAAGGAACGAGACAAUAUGAGCUCCCCUUUGGCAUAGGCCUUGCCAUUUCGGCGCAGGAUGGUUUCCACGCAGUCAAGCAGUGCUCCUCAGAGCUGGACUAUCUGAGGCGCAAAGAGUACGGCUUGACUCGCAACAUCGUUUAUCUAAAACGAUGUAUCCGAGCGGUUUAUAGUCAAGACGUCAGUUUACGGAAUUCAGUGACGGAAGUUGACAAUCAAUUGCUCCCGUCAAAAGCGGAUAUCCUGGAUCUCGACGACGAAUGCAAGAGCAUUUCCUCACCGAACUCGCCCGUCGAAGCUCAAUCCUGCGAGCCCAUCACACUUCAGGUGUCGGAGCCAUUCCCAGCAGCAGACCUGUCGAACGUCAUCUUUGGCGUAGCAACGACUCUCUCCCGCCUCCAAGAUUCGGUGCCUCACUUUUCUCACUGGAUGUCCGGAACCGGUGCUCUCUUCCUCGCCAUCGUCGUCGAUGAUUCCGUCACGGACGACGAACUAGACGCAUUAGAGUCCAUGUACGAAGCCCACGACAUCAGCCUCACAACCAUCCGGCCCUGGAACUGCUCCUUUGAUGUGAACGAGCAGCACUUUGCCAUCCUCCACGACCUCAUCGAUUAUUCUACUCACGAAACCCAGUGGGUCUCCAUCAUCGACGACGACACCUUCUUCCCCUCGCCCUACUCCAUCUCACAGCUCCUCGCUUCCCACAACGCAUCCGAACCGACAUACAUAGGCGGCCUCACGGAAAGCCAGGGCGCCGUCGCAUACUUUGGCUAUAUGGCCUACGGAGGCGCAGGCGUCUUCAUGAGCAUGCCGCUCGUCCAGCAGCUCGACUCGCACGUCGAGGAUUGUCUCGCCGAUAGCAUCACCAGGCAAGGAGACGGGUUGCUGAAUGACUGCAUACGGAAUUAUACGCAGACAGAGUUUAUCGCCAUUCCUGGACUACACCAACUCGACAUGAGAGGCGAUCUGAGUGGAUUCUACGAGUCCGGGACGUUCCCGCUGAGUCUGCAUCAUUGGAAGUCGUGGCAUCAGGCUCCCGUCGACAAAAUGGCCAAGAUAGCCAAAUUCUGCGGCGAUUGUUUCCUCCAGCGCUGGAAGUUUGACGGAGACAGCAGCAUCCUGGCAAAUGGCUAUAGCAUCAGCCUCUACCAAGAUGGUAUUACCCAAUCUGAGUUGAACCUCAUAGAGGCGACCUGGGAAGAAGCCAUGGGCUACGAAGCAACGAUGGGCAAAAUGCGCGAGAAGGCUGGCGACGGGAAGAAGAAGAGUUACAGGCUGAUUGACGCGGAAGAGGUGGACGGGAGCUUGCGGCAGGUUUUUGUGCUUCACGGGGCUUCGGACAUGGACUUGGAUGGGGAAGAGGAGGCGAUGGAUGAGGUCGUUGAGCUUUGGUGGGAUUGGUCAAGGAACGAUUGA